AUGCCUUUGCUCGUGACGGACCACACGUGGACACAGACACUGUCAACGGUCUUCAUAAGCGUGCCUCUCAAAGGAGCCAAGAAGGUGGACAUUGUGUCGUCAGACGAGUACCUGAAGGUUCAUUUCCCACCAUUUCUGUUGGAAGUGUUCCCGUCUGAGCUUGUUGAUGAUGACCAAAGCUCAGCAAAGAUUGGAAACGGCGUCGCAGUCAUCAGUUUGUCAAAGAGGACCAACAAACUGUGGGAGCAUUUGGCAAUAAGCACAUAUGAUAAAGAAACGAAAAGGGAGAUCCGAGCGAGAGCUCUGUCCAAAAUGCAGGAAAAGCUUGCUGCGGAGGCCAAAAACAGAUCGGAAAAAAAGCAUAAUGACAAGAAAUAUACUCUGAAGACAAUGAUGAAUAUUGAAAGUGAAGAACAAGAAAGAAUCCAGAAGAUGAAGGAUGCUGAACGAGAGAGAACCACGGUUGAAAUCAAAGCAUGGCAUCUGAAGGAGACCAAAAAAGCUGAGGAAGAAACACGACUCAAACUCCAAAGUCAGACCAAUAAUUCAAAAGAAGGAAAAGCUGUGAAACAGAACUGUGAGAAUGGCGGGUCAGGUGGAAUAAAUGUCAAAUUUGAAACAAGAAAUGUCAGCAAAGUAGAGAGAAAGAUAAAGCAGAAGGAUCUUCCUGCACCGAGAGUUCCGGGAAACAUCGAGGUCUCCUUCACUCCUCGAGUUUUCCCCACAGCCCUCAGAGAGUCGCGAGUUGAGGAGGAAGAAGAGUGGCUGAAAAAACAAGCCGAGGCCAGGCGUGUAAUCAAUGCAGAUAUUGAAGAGCUGAAGUACUUAAGGGAGGAGGAGAAGAAUCCCGACUGGUUGAAAGAGAAAGGGAACGAGUGUUUUGCAGCUGGAGACUACUUGAGCGCUUUGAACGCCUACAACCUGGCUAUCAGACUCAAUAGAAAGAUCCCAGCUCUGUUUUCAAACAGGGCUGCAUGUCAUCUCAAGUUACGGAACUUUCACAAAGCCAUUGAGGACUCCUCUCAGGCUCUUGAACUGCUGACUCCAGCCGUUUCUGCCAAUGCAGCUGCCCGAGCCAGAGCUCAUGUGCGUCGAGGCUCUGCUUUCUGCCAGCUCCAGCUCUACGCGGAAGGACUACAAGAAUACCAGACUGCUUUGAAGAUUGACCCGAACAAUGAAGGAGUGCAGGCAGACGCACAAAAAAUUAGGGAUAUCAUUCAAGGCAGUACAGAAUAAUAGCCUGUCCCAAAG